AUGCAUUUAGAUUCGGUUAAAGCCUUAGUUGAAAUAACGGAGAAUUACUCUUUACCCGUCAUAUAUAUAAUUACUCCUACGGCAAAUAUUAUCACGCAAAGAGCUCACCUUACUAGAUUAGCGCAAACACUGGCUUUAGUACUUAAUGUGAGAUGGAUCGUUGUAGAAGAUACACAUGAGCCUUCAUCUAAAGUUGAAAAAAUUUUAAGAUAUUCUCAUCACCCUUAUGCCCAUUUGUGUAUUCACAAGGAAUAUAUGAGAUAUAUAAAGAAGGUCGGGGUAUGGCCAGUCGAAUUUGCUGGUGGAGUGUAUGCGGAAAAGCCUUUAGUGAAGGAAGGAAAAGUGAUUGGCUGGUCAGUUGCUUAUGCAAAAGAAAGACCUAUAGCCACGGAUAUGGCUGGAUUUGCUAUCAAUCUUAAAUUGUUGUUGCUAAGUAAAGAUAUUUACUUCAUCGAAUUGCAUAAGUCAGGUUUACUCGAAAGCAAUUUUGUCCACGCAUUAGUAGAUAUGGUUGAUUUGGAACCACUGGCAGACAAUUGUACUAAGAUAUUAGUAUGGCACACACAAACACGGCAUCCAAAUCUUAAUCUAGAAUCAAAUUUCAUAAAAAUGUACAAUGUAUCAUCAAAUCAUGAUAUUGAAAUUUAA